AUGUCGACCACACACCUCACAAUCCACGAUCUCCUGCGCAUAACAUACACCUACGAAAUGCAAGCCAUAGAAGCUCAAGCACAAAGCCAACAGUACCUACAACGUCCCCGCUCCGACUCUGCAUGUUCCAUGCCAGAAAUAUGCGCACAUCUUUCACCUCCAAGUCCGAGACUCUCAUCUGCAUACUCAAACCUCGAAGAGCUAGAAACGGAUUUUACAAGUGCGUUCAGUCAGAAGAAGAAAACGAGCGUGUGA